UUUUUGAUAAUGGAUAUCAUGGAAUACUUUUGUUGUCUUUUUGAUGGAUUUAAGCUAAUGCAAAGUAUGAAAAGGAUAACUGAAAAAUUACUGGUUGAUAUGUGUGUUAUUUUCUCAACUAAAUACAGAUUACAAGUAUGUUUGGCUAAGCUUAAAAUAAAAUUAAAAGUUACUUUGUUUAAAACAUGUUUGGGCGUUUAUCUUUUCUUACCUUUAUGUAAACAUAUGGUAUUUGAUUGAAAAUAAUCUUACAUGCUAUUAAAUAAGUUACUUAUUCAAACUUUGACACAUAAAAGUAAUUAAUUAAUGUCAAACUAACCUAUUUAGUAUUUUCCUCAUAAGCGAGCUUUAUAAGCUUAGCUGAACCUGCUUUUACCUGAGACAUAACCGUUAUGUGAUCUCUUUUCUUUGAGAGAUUUUGAGGACUGAGAUGUGAGGUUUCUAUUGUGUUCGUUUGAGGCCCCGGAACUUUCAACUGGCCAAGAUGCCAUCACUGUUUCCUUGGUUCUUGAAUGUCAAUCUGUUUUGUUUUUUGAUGUCUUCGGUGUAUGAAUAGAUAUAAAGUUGAUCUAAUCUAAUUUCUGAAUCCUAGAGCCUUUUGUCGUACUAUGUUAAGGGUGGCUGUUUUUAACUGUAUUCUGAGCUUCAUGCAUUCAGUCUAGCUGUAUGUAUUAGUACCAAGCUAUUCGUUAUUGUGGAAAAAUUUCUUUCAAGGCUAUAAAUAGCUGAAAUUGACCUUUAUUGUGAAAGAAGAAUUUUAAUUUUUGCUGAAAUAUGCCACUAUCCUUCAAUGUUUUCCUGAGGAUGCUGGGAAUGCCAGUUUAGUGGGCCUCUUGACAAAAGUUGCAUUCAGAAGGUCCUACAGAAUGAACCAAAUUUUGGCAGGUAAAUAGAUGAAUCAAAUUGACAUGGACCUCAAUGAAGACCGCAAUUACUUGCCAACUCCAGGGGCGGUGGGUUUAGGCCAAGAAUCAAGUAGGGGCAAAAGAAAGUUGACCUCAAAGUUUUGUUUGGAGAAUCUUCCCAACGCUCUAAUGUUAGCAUACCAAAGCUUCGGGGUGGUAUAUGGAGAUCUGAGCACUUCACCUCUUUAUGUUUAUAGAAGUAUAUUUGAUGGGAAGUUGCAGAAUCACCAAAAUUCUGAUGCAGUAUUUGGUGCAUUUUCAUUAAUAUUUUGGACAUUAACGCUUAUUCCUCUGCUGAAAUAUGUAUUUAUGUUGCUGAGUGCUGAUGAUAAUGGUGAAGGUGGUACUUUUGCUCUUUACUCCUUGCUUUGCAGACAUGCAAAAUUCAGUUUACUUCCCAAUCAACAAGCAGCUGAUGAGGAGCUGUUGGCUUACAAAUAUGGUCCCUCAGGACAAUCUUCAACAUCUUUAGCAUUUAAGAGGUUUCUCGAGAAACACAAGAAGUUGCGUACACUUCUGUUGUUUGUAGUAUUACUUGGGGCUGGUAUGGUAAUAGGUGAUGGUGUAAUUACUCCUGCAAUUUCAGUUCUAUCAUCAGUAUCUGGUCUUGAAGCUGCUGGAACAAAUUUGAGUAAGGGUGAAGUACUAUUGAUUGCUUGCAUCAUAUUGGUCGGCCUGUUUGCUUUGCAGCAUGUUGGAACCCAGAAGGUCGGUUUCUUAUUUGCGCCCAUCGUUAUUCUCUGGUUGAUAUCAAUUUUUUCCAUUGGGCUUUAUAAUACAAUACAUUGGAACCCGAAAAUUGUUUUGGCUCUUUCUCCACACUAUAUCAUCAAGUUCUUUAGUCAAACUGGUAUAGAUGGAUGGAUUUCACUUGGAGGGGUCCUCCUCUCAAUAACAGGCACAGAGGCAAUGUUUGCAGAUUUGGGUCAUUUCAGUGCGUUUUCAAUAAGGAUUGCAUUUGCAUUCGUCGUAUACCCUUGCUUGGUAGUGCAAUAUAUGGGCCAGGCUGCUUUUCUAUCGAAAAAUAUUUCUUCAAUCCCGAACGGCUUCUAUGAUUCGGUUCCUGAUGGUGUAUUUUGGCCUGUCCUCAUUAUUGCCAGCCUUGCAGCAAUUGUUGCGAGUCAGGCUAUCAUUUCGGCCACAUUCUCUAUUGUUAAGCAAUGUCAUGCUCUUGGUUGCUUCCCACGCGUAAAGGUUGUUCACACCUCAAAACAUAUCCGUGGACAGAUCUAUAUACCAGAGAUUAAUUGGAUCCUCAUGAUUCUUACUCUUGGUAUAGCUAUUGGGUUUCAAGACAUAACUACAAUUGGAAAUGCAUAUGGCUUAGCUUGCAUGUCAGUUAUGUUUAUUACAACUUUUCUCAUGGCACUUGUCAUGGUCUUUGUAUGGCAAAGAAGUAUUGUACUAGCUGCUGCUUUCCUCCUUUUCUUUUGGUUCAUUGAAGGGGCUUAUCUACUAGCUGCAUUUACAAAAGUUCCUCAGGGAGGAUGGGUGUCCCUUGUUCUGUCUUUCAUCUUCAUGUUUAUCAUGUUUGUUUGGCACUAUGGAACUCGCAAGAAGUACAACUUUGAUCUAUACAACAAAGUGCCGAUGAGAUGGAUCCUUGGCCUCGGCCCAAGCCUUGGCAUUGUCCGUGUGCCUGGGAUAGGCCUCGUAUAUUCAGAGCUUGCAACAGGAGUACCUGCAAUCUUCUCACAUUUUGUCACAAAUCUCCCAGCUUUUCAUAACGUUUUGGUGUUUGUUUGUGUAAAAUCUGUUCCAGUGCCCUAUGUCUCUCCUGAGGAACGCUUCCUCAUUGGCCGCAUUGGCCCGAGACCCUAUCGCAUGUAUCGGUGCAUUGUGAGAUAUGGGUACAAAGACUUGCAGAAAGAUGAUGAGAACUUUGAGAAUCUUCUAAUUCAAAGUGUCGCCGAGUUUAUCCAAAUGGAAGCUGUAGAGCCUCAGUUUUCAAGCCCAGACGCUGCAUCAUAUGACGGGAGAAUGGCAGUCAUAAGCUCCCGCACUAUUCAAUCCAGUUCAACUCUAAUUGUGUCGGAGACUGAGGAUUUUGGUUCGAUUAGUUCCAUUCCAAGCAGUAAAUCUUUAACUCUCCAAAGUUUAAGAUCUGCCUACGGUGAUGAGAACCCACCAAUCAGAAGGCGUCAAGUGAGGUUUCAGGUACCACACAACCCCAGGAUGGAUCCUGCAGUAAGGGAAGAACUCUUAGACUUGAUCCAGGCGAAAGAAGCUGGCGUUGCUUAUAUACUAGGACACUCUUAUGUGAAGGCAAGAAGAUCAUCUUCAUUCCUGAAGAAAUUUGUGAUUGAUAUCGGCUACUCAUUUCUUCGUAAGAAUUGCAGGGGUCCGGCUGUGGCGCUUCAUAUUCCUCAUAUUAGUCUGAUUGAAGUAGGCAUGAUAUAUCAUGUCUAGGGAUUUGUUCACUGUAAGUCUUUUCUUCAUGGCCUUCCUGGACUUGUCCUUACAGGUAAUUCGUGGGAAUGCAACAGCCUAAGACGCCAUGUCGGCUACUCUAUAAACUCAUCUUUUUAUGUAUAUACACACAACUCUUAACUAAGAAGUAUAUCGUGUUGCUCAGCAUUCAUUUGUUGAACCUUGUUUAUAAGUGAGGAUUUGAGCAUAGGUUUAUGCUUUGUUGUUGCAAUUCACUAUUUACCUCUGCAUCGGCUUUGUUCGUAGAUGAGUGAUUAAAAAAUUCAAAUGCAGCAA